GUGUUCUUCGGAUUAUUUUUGAAAAUCGAAGCUAACUAAAUUCUAAUUUUGAAAAUCGAAGCAAACUAAAUUCUAAAAAAAAAGUUAAACUGCAAAUAAAGUCGAAAAACGCCCGUGGAAUUUCCGAGAUGUAGUCAAGACAGUAAAGAUCAAGACUAAGACCCAAGACUUUAGGCUUCAGGACCAAUACCAAGACCAAGAAAUUCUAGAAUGCCAGAUUGCUCGCGCAAUGUUGAUGUCUCUCGAUUGAGUCACGACGAAUGCAGUCACAUAAUUAAUGUAAUUGGAAAAGAUAUUAAAAUUAGAAAAACAGAAGCUGAACGAAUUAGCGAAUUGAACAAAAACUUAGAAGAUUUCCGACGUUCAAUACUUUUAGCCAACAUAAAUCGAAAAAAGCGUUUUCCGUAUGACGAUUUUUGUUUAUGCGGUAAGCAUAUGUUUACAUUUUGUUGCUUUAUAACUGGGGAAGAGUGUGCAUCAUGCGAAAAUUAUUGCUGCAGUAAAUGCAGGGAAACGAUAGUUUAUAAAGGAGAAGAUGGAAUAGAAGAAUUUUAUAUUUGUUAUUUAUGCUGCAAGAAGAGAGAGGUUAAACAAAAGAGUGUGUGUUGGUUUUAUGAAACUACUGAAAAAAGAUUUAAAAGGUUUGGUAGCUCAAAAGUACUUCGUGCUAUUUAUAAAGAAAAUAAUAUAAUUGAUCCAAGAGUUAUUACUUUAUUGGCUUUGUGUAGAGAAAUUCAACCUGCAAAGCGCAUGUCAUUUCGAGAAAUGAGGCGCAAAGUUAGCUCAUCAAACUUUAUCACUGAUAAUAACUACCUUCCAUCUAUAUCAGAUCAAAUUGAGUAUCGAAAAGGAGAUCAGCAGCUUAAAAUGCAACCUACUUUGAGUUUAAAAUCAACAGAGUCGCUAACAAAUACUAAUUAUGGAACUGAAACUAGAAAGAAUAAUAUUUUACAUGUACCAGAUGAUUCCGCACCUGUUAUCCAUUUUACUUUGUACUCGCCAGUUUGUCCUUCUUAAACUUUAAAGUAGAUUUGGUGAAAGAUGUAUGACAAAAGACGAUAUAGCAGAUUUUAUUUAUUUUAAAUAUAGAAAAAGGAAACUCGAGAUUACAGAUUUUCCAAAUUUCUACUUAUUCUUUUGGUUUCUAUCUUUAUAGCUUUAACGUAUUUGGCUCCUUUUUAUUUAUUUCCGAUUUAAAAUGUAGUAAAUAUUUAUAUUUGCAUUUUAGCAAGUGAAAAAUUGUAAUUUAAAAAUAUGGUGCGCUAUUAUCUUAAAUCAAAUGUUAAUAUUUUUAA